CUUCUGUUUUUGGUUGGGGUCCACAAGAGUACCCAGAGCGCUCCUGCACAUCGACUCUCCGGUCUACUCUCCAAAAGAUUACAUCGGGCACGAGCAUCACCUGUUACAUGAGCCACUGCUAUCAUUUCUACGUUCUUCCGCCGAUGGCGUCCUGCUGCCAGAAGACUUUUCUCCUCGCCUUGCACUACUGGUCCUGUACUUCUGUUUUUGGUUGGGGUCCACAAGAGUACCCAGAGCGCUCCUGCACAUCGACUCUCUGGUCUACUCUCCAAAAGAUUACAUCGGGCACGAGCAUCACCUGUUACAUGAGCCACUGCUAUCAUUUCUACGUUCUUCAGCCGAUGGCGUCCUGCUGCCAGAAGACUUUUCUCCUCGCCUUGCACUACUGGUCCUGUACUUCUGUUUUUGGUUGGGGUCCACAAGAGUACCCAGAGCGCUCCUGCACAUCGACUCUCUGGUCUACUCUCCAAAAGAUUACAUCGGGCACGAGCAUCACCUGUUACAUGAGCCACUGCUAUCAUUUCUACGUUCUUCCGCCGAUGGCGUCCUGCUGCCAGAAGACUUUUCUCCUCGCCUUGCACUACUGGUAA